AUGGAGCCUGGGAAACUCUUGGAUCCCCCGUCAGACACAAGCAGCACUCCGGAAAACCAUGAAAGAACCCAUGAAUGCGCAGAGUGUGGGAAAUCCUUUGCUCGCAGGUCCCUUCUUUUGACCCACAGGAAGAUCCAUAUGGGAAGUGGAUCCAGUCAAGGUUUGGAGUGUGAGAAAUCCUUCUCUGGAAAACAGAUGAAAGAUCUCAGAAGCCCCCUUAGACUAAAACCUCAUAAAUGUGAGGAAUGCCAUCUGGGAAACCAUGAGAGAAUUCACACAGGGGAGAAACCUUACACAUGUUGGGAAUGUGGGAGGAGCUUUUCUCGGCGUUCAUAUCUUUGGAUCCAUGAGAAGGCUCAUGCAGGAAUAAAACCUUACAAAUGCUUUGAGUGUGGCAAAUGUUUCACUCAGGGUUCAACUCUUCGGACUCAUGCGAAAACACACAGAGGGGAGAAAAAUGAAAAGUGCCUCGAAUGCGGGAAAUGUUUUUCCAGAAAAUCAUAUCUGGUAGAACACCAGAGACUUCACACCGGAGAGAGACCCCAUAAAUGCCCAGAAUGUGAGAAACGAUUUAUGUAUUCUUCUGAACUUCGGACGCACCAGAAGAGGCACAAAGGAGAGAAACCCUAUCAAUGUGGGGAGUGUGGGAAAAAUUUUCUUACACGAAGUGAGUGUCAGAGUCAUGAGAGAGUCCACACAGGGGAGAAGCCGUACAAGUGUGAGGAGUGUGGGAAGUGCUUUACCAAAAAAGAAAACCUUGGAAUCCAUGAGAUACUCCACACAGGAGAGAAGCCGUACAAGUGCAUAGAAUGUGGAAAAUGUUUUGCUCUAAAGGCAUACCUUUGGAGACAUCAUAAAACCCACGCAGGGGAGAAGCCAUAUCAAUGCAUUGAAUGUGGAAGAUUUUAUUCUAGCACAUCAGCCCUUAGAAGUCAUGUGAAAAUUCACACGGGGGAAAAAAACUACAAAUGUUUAGACUGUGGGAGAGCAUUUGCUCGAUACUCUUGUGUUACAUCAGCAAAUCCACACCGGAGAGAAACCUUACAAGUGGAGUGUGGGAAAUGUUUUGCCCAACCUUCAGCACUUCGCAUGCACAUCAGAAGUCACACAGGAGAGCGGUCUUACAAGUGUGUAGAGAAAACUUUUCACUGUAAAUCACAACUAAAAAUGCAUCAGAAAGUCCAUAGCAGAGAUAAACCUCUUCAGUUGUGA